AUGAGGCUGCUUCCAUAUUAUUUGAUGCUGUUAGGCUCCAGUUAUGUGAUUUCGACUUAUGGUCCCUACCAGAGAGCACAGAUGACUGGAGACAUCUUGCUUGGGGGUCUUUUUCCAAUGCAUUUUGGCGUUGCAUCCAAGGACCAGGACCUCGCAGCCCGACCGGAAUCCACACAGUGCGUCAGGUUCAAUUUUCGAGGUUUCCGCUGGCUCCAGGCCAUGAUAUUUGCCAUUGAUGAGAUUAAUAACAGCAGCACGCUCCUGCCCAACAUCACACUGGGCUACAGGAUCUUUGACACAUGCAAUACUGUUUCCAAAGCCUUGGAAGCUACUCUCAGUUUUGUGGCCCAAAAUAAGAUAGAUUCACUGAAUUUGGAUGAGUUUUGCAACUGCACUGACCACAUCCCAUCAACCAUUGCUGUCGUAGGAGCUGCUGGAUCUGCAGUCUCCACUGCAGUUGCAAACCUGCUGGGUCUUUUUUACAUUCCGCAGAUCAGCUAUGCCUCUUCUAGUCGCCUUCUGAGCAACAAAAAUCAGUAUAAAUCCUUCAUGAGAACCAUUCCUACAGACGAGUACCAGGCCACCGCCAUGGCAGACAUCAUUGAGCACUUUGAGUGGAACUGGGUCAUUGCUAUUGCCUCAGACGACGACUAUGGGCGCCCGGGGGUUGAGAAGUUUGAGAAGGAGACAGAAGAGCGAGACAUCUGCAUUCAUCUGAAUGAGCUCAUUUCUCAGUACUUUGAGGAUCAUGAAAUCAAAGCUCUAGCUGACAGGAUCGAGAACUCCACAGCUAAAGUAAUUGUUGUGUUUGCCAGCGGGCCUGACAUCGAGCCUUUAAUUAAAGAGAUGGUCAGGAGGAACAUCACAGAUCGCAUCUGGUUAGCCAGCGAAGCCUGGGCGAGCUCUUCUCUUGUCGCCAAGCCAGAAUACCUUGAUGUUGUGGCAGGAACAAUUGGCUUUGCUCUGAAGGCAGGGCACAUCCCUGGCUUUAGAGAGUUUUUACAGCAAGUGCAACCAAAGAAAGACAGUCACAAUGAAUUUGUCAGAGAGUUUUGGGAAGAAACCUUCAACUGUUACCUGGAAGAUAGCCCAAGGCUCCAGGAAAGUGAAAAUGGCAGCACUAGUUUCAGGCCUCUGUGCACUGGUGAGGAGGACAUCACAAGUGUUGAGACGCCAUACCUGGACUACACACAUCUUCGCAUCUCCUACAAUGUUUACGUGGCAGUGUAUUCCAUUGCACAGGCGCUGCAGGACAUUCUCACCUGCACACCUGGACGUGGACUUUUUGCAAACAAUUCAUGUGCAGACAUAAAGAAAAUGGAGGCAUGGCAGGUCCUGAAACAGCUUAGACAUUUGAACUAUACCAACAGUAUGGGGGAAAAGAUCCACUUUGAUGAGAACGCAGACAUGGCAGCCAACUACACUAUCAUAAACUGGCAGAGGUCUACUGAGGAUGGCUCUGUGGUGUUUGAAGAAGUUGGAUACUACAAUAUACAUGCCAAAAGAGGAGCCAAACUCCUGCUCGACAAGACAAAGAUUCUCUGGAAUGGAUUCAGUUCAGAGGUGCCCUUCUCGAAUUGCAGUGAGGACUGUGAACCUGGCACAAGAAAGGGGAUUAUAGAUAGCAUGCCCACCUGCUGCUUUGAAUGCACGGAGUGUUCAGACGGGGAAUACAGUAAUCAUAAAGAUGCCAGCGUGUGCAACAAGUGUCCGAAUAACUCCUGGUCCAAUGGCAACCACACGUUCUGUUUCCUGAAAGAAAUCGAAUUCCUCUCCUGGACAGAGCCAUUUGGGAUUGCUCUGGCCAUUUGUGCAGUGUCGGGCGUCGUCCUGACAGCCUUUGUAAUGGGAGUCUUUGUCAAAUUCCGCAACACUCCGAUUGUCAAGGCCACAAACCGAGAACUGUCCUACGUGCUCCUGUUCUCUCUCAUCUGUUGCUUCUCCAGCUCCCUCAUCUUUAUCGGGGAGCCGCAGGACUGGACGUGCCGCCUGCGUCAACCCGCCUUCGGGAUCAGCUUUGUUCUCUGCAUCUCCUGCAUCCUUGUGAAAACCAACAGGGUGCUUUUGGUGUUUGAGGCCAAGAUCCCAACCAGUCUCCACCGUAAAUGGUGGGGAUUGAACCUGCAGUUUCUGCUGGUGUUUCUGUGCACAUUUGUCCAAGUCAUGAUCUGCGUGGUGUGGCUUUACAACGCCCCUCCUUCCAGCUACAAGAAUCAUGACAUUGAUGAAAUCAUUUUUAUCACAUGCAACGAGGGCUCGGUGAUGGCCCUUGGGUUUCUUAUCGGCUACACGUGUCUCUUGGCAGCGAUUUGCUUCUUCUUUGCAUUUAAGUCCCGCAAACUUCCUGAAAACUUUACAGAGGCAAAGUUUAUAACUUUCAGCAUGCUCAUAUUCUUCAUUGUUUGGAUCUCUUUCAUACCUGCAUACUUUAGCACUUACGGUAAAUUUGUUUCAGCGGUCGAGGUCAUUGCCAUACUGGCAUCCAGCUUCGGGAUGCUGGCCUGUAUUUUCUCCAACAAGAUCUACAUCAUUCUCUUCAAACCGUCCAGGAACACCAUCGAGGAGGUCCGAUGCAGCACGGCGGCGCACGCUUUCAAAGUGGCUGCCAAAGCGACGCUGAAGCAUAGCACAGCUUCAAGGAGAAAGUCGGGCAGCAUCGGUGGAUCGUCUGGUUCGACCCCGUCAUCAUCAAUCAGCCUCAAGACCAACAGCCACGACUGCGAUACGACGUCAGGAAAGCACAGGCCGAGGGUCAGCUUCGGCAGCGGGACAGUUACUCUCUCUUUGAGCUUUGAGGAGUCGAGGAGGAGCUCAAUCAUGUGA